AAAAAGUGUUGGUGCUCAUAUUUACAAAUUUAUAAUGCCCCUUUCAUUAUCCUCUUUGAUUCGUAUUUCAUGGUAUUUCUUGUUUAAGGUUUUUAUAUUGGCCUGUCUUUGUUAACUGUAAAUGUUGAAGUGAAAGUAAAUAUGACUAAGUUAAGAUAAAUCUUUCUAACAAACUCUUACCCAAAUUAAAUUGCAAAUUGUCAGGCAGAAAUAUAUAUUUUUUAAUGAUGAGUAGAAAUUCUCUGGGUUUGAUUACUCUUCGAGAUUUUAGUGAGUAAAAGUUCAGUCUGAAUGUCUGUGCAAGUGGAAUAAUGUAGAAGGGAAAGAAUCAAAAUUAAAUCUUGGAAAAUGUAGAAAUGCCGUGACAGAGUUUGGUGUAAAAUCUGUGUAAUAGUAUGAAAAUAAUCUUCAGAUUCUUACUAUGCCUUGUUUUUCCCUUUCUGCAGAGUGUAUAUAAAUGUGACUUCCUGAACUUGCAGCUUCAGCAGCCACUCCAGCUUGCACAGGAUGCUAUCGAUGCCUUUUUGAAGCAGCUGAAAAACCCUAUUGAUUCUCUUCCUGGAGAACUUUUCCAUGUGGUGGUUUUCUCUCUUCUCCUUUCUUAUUUUCCAUCACCUUACCAACGAUGGAUUUGCUGCAAGAAGGCCCAUGAACUGUUAGUGUUAAAUGGUUUAUUGCUUAUCAUCACACCUGAUUCCUCCCAUCAGAACCGUCAUGCUAUGAUGAUGAAAAGCUGGAAGAUUGCUAUAGAAUCUCUGGGCUUUAAACGCUUCAAGUAUUCAAAAUUUUCACAUAUGCAUUUGAUGGCAUUUAGAAAAAUCUCCCUAAAAACCACAAGUGACUUGGUUAGUAGGAACUACCCAGGGAUGUUAUAUAUUCCUCAAGAUUUCAACAGUAUAGAAGAGGAGGAAUAUUCUAACCCUUCCUGCUACGUUCGAUCAGAUAUAGAAGAUGAACAACUAGCAUAUGGUUUCGCCGAGCUCCCUGAUGCUCCGUACGACUCAGAUUCUGGGGAAAGUCAAGCCAGCUCUAUCCCUUUCUAUGAGCUAGAAGAUCCCAUAUUACUUUUAAGUUAGUAUCAAUGUUAAAGGCCCUUUCAGUCCAGACUUCUAAACUAAUUGCUUACACUAAUCAGAAAUACUAACAUGAACUCAGUACUUAAAACCUGGGUUGCAUAGAAGAAAUGCAAAGGUUUACAGAGUUUGCUAUUUUUUUCUACUUCUGGAUUUUAAAAUUUAUUCUUAUAUAGAAAGCUUAAAGUUUCAUGCAGAGUGACUCCUGUCAUAGCAGAAACCACUGUUACUUUAGCAUUUAGCACUAAGAUAUCAUAGAAAGGUACCUUUUUUCUUUAGUGCUAUUGUGAAAAUGAAGCAUAACUUGCUAUGUAUUUUCCUUUUUUAAUCUUUUCAGUGUUGACUUUAAACCAUUGCAAUGAGAAAGAUAUGUAGAAAGCUGUAGCUUGCACUUUGAUGACUCACAAGUUAAAUGUUAAAACAGAGAUAGAUU